AUGCAGUCCUCUGAAAUACGCCGUAAAUUAGUUAUCGUUGGUGACGGUGCCUGUGGAAAAACUUGCCUUUUGAUCGUUUUCUCAAAGGGUACUUUCCCUGAGGUAUACGUUCCAACCGUUUUUGAAAACUACGUUGCAGACGUCGAAGUUGAUGGAAAACACGUUGAAUUAGCUCUUUGGGAUACUGCUGGUCAAGAAGAUUACGACAGAUUGAGACCUCUGUCUUACCCUGAUUCUCACGUUAUACUCAUCUGUUUUGCUAUCGAUUCCCCCGAUUCUCUUGAUAACGUACAGGAGAAGUGGAUUAGCGAAGUUAUGCACUUCUGUCAAGGCCUUCCAAUCAUUCUAGUCGGUUGUAAGAAAGAUUUGAGGAAUGAUCCAAAGACGCUCGAAGAAUUACGCAAAACUCAACAAAGACCUGUUCAAGAAUCUGAUGGUAGAGGCGUCGCUCAAAAGAUUGGUGCAAAGCAUUACUUGGAAUGCUCCGCUAGAUCUGGCGAAGGUGUAAAAGAAGUGUUCCAGACCGCAACAAGAGCCGCUUUGCUUACAAAGUCAGGAAAUAGAUCAAAGAAGAGCAAGUGUGUCGUCAUUUAA